AAUUAACCACGAGAUCGUUCCAAAUGAUGAUUGGUAGAUCCAAAGUUUCUUGACCUGGACAAAUCAUGAUGAUUGGUCACUUGAAUAUAAACAUUGCCGGAUUGGCUAUCUAAAACAGCGAGGCAGGCCCCAAGACUUGGAAUGCGGCGCGCAAACUUGACAAUAAGAAAAUAUGCGACUCUUGCGUGAAGUUAACGAGGUACACAUGUUCGCGGUUAGCCAAAGGAAUUUGGCCAUUGUAUUUACAGAUUAAGACGAAAGAAAAUGUAGACGGAAAUUUACAUUUGGGUCAAAACAAAUGCAAGUCGCUACAAGCUAAUGCAUGUUUCAACAUUGAUGUCUAAACAUAUAAAUGUACCAACAAUAUUUAAAUUUUCAAUCUUCAAUACAGGAAUAGGAUUUUUAUUUUAUUUUCUUACAAAAUAAUUAUAUUUAUGGUAAUUAUUUUGAGUACCCAGCUAUAACCUGAUGGGUUAUUUAAGCCGCGUACUAUAAAAUAAAAUUCUAUGAUAUGUCAUAACUCAUAUAAGGUUAGCUGAGAACAUACUAUGUCACAAAGAUUUGAGCUGAUCUUACUGGCAUUUGUUUUACCUGAAAAAGUCAUUCUUCCACCAUGGCGUACUGCUCUGUUGGUGACUUCUACGCCGGCAAGACGUUGAUGAUCACUGGUGCCACUGGCUUCAUUGGUAAGGUGCUGUUAGAGAAACUCCUUCGGUGCUGUCCAGACAUCAAAAAGAUAUUCCUCCUUGUCAGGAAAAAGAGGAACAAGGGAGCUGCCGCCCGCAUCAAAGAGAUCACUUCUGGCAUAGUAUUUGAUAAAGUUAGGGAAGCCCAGCCGAACUUCCGGGCAAAACUAGUCCCAAUUGAGAGCGACCUCAGUGAACCCAACCUCGCCUUAAAAGAAGAAGACAUCAGGACACUGAAGGAAGAGACAGAGCUUGUAUUUCAUGUUGCAGCCACACUCAGAUUCGAUGAAAUACUAUCAAUCUCCCUCCGAAUGAACGUGCUUGCCACCAGAAAGAUAUUACAACUCAGCAAAGGGAUGGAGAAAUUAUUGGCAUUUCAUCAUGUUUCAACAGCAUAUAGCAACUGUGACAAAUCAAGAAUAGAAGAGAUUGUUUACCCCCCUCCCGUCGACCCAUGCAAGAUCUUGGAUGCUGCAGAAUGGAUGUCGGACGACAUGAUGGAGGCGUUAACUCCCAUGCUACUGGGGAAGAGGCCAAAUACAUACACCUUUACCAAGGCUCUGGCAGAGUAUGUGGUCAAAGAAGAGGGUAAAGGAAUGCCAAUUUGCAUCACUAGGCCGUCUACUGUUUUAGGCUCGUGGAAAGAACCAUGUCGUGGCUGGGUAGAUAACAUAUUGAGUGGAAGUGGACUCAUGGCUGCUGUUGGUAAAGGUAUGGUAACAACAGUGCUCAGUGAUCCAAAUGCUAUUCUUGAUGUAAUUCCUGUCGAUGUUAUAGUAAAUGCAAUGAUAGGUGUGACGUGGUACACAGGCGUCCACAGGCCUGCCAACAUCUCAGUCUAUAACUUGGUCACCAGUCCCGUUAAUCCAUACAAAUUAGGUUCACAUUGGGCUAAUAUCCUAGAUUGUCUCCGGAAAGUUCCCCUGGAAAAGGGAAUUGGACGACCAAUGGUUCAACUCACCAAAUACGAGGUUGUAUUUGAAUGCAUGAACAUGAUAAACGGCAAGAUACCGGCUUUUUUCAUAGAUUGUGCAUUGAAGCUAACGCGACAGAAACCUAUGAUGAUGAAGAUGAACCAAAGGAUCGUAAAGCUGGUUUACGUACUGAGGCCCUUUUUGUCGAACUCUUGGGACUUUGGCCAUCAUAAUAUAGAAGCUCUUUCUGCUGCAAUGAACGAGAAAGAUAGGGAGGUAUUUUUCACUGAUGUGAGCACGCUCGAUUGGCCGUCAUAUGUAAAAGCCCACGUAAUCGGUGUCAAGAGAUACAUGCUAAAUGAAGAUAUGGAAAAACUGCCUGCAGCACACGGUCAUCAAAGAAUGUUGCGCAACCUCCGAUGGGCCUUCAAUACUGUCCUCGCUGUCAUCAUUUGGCGUAUCAUCAUGACCCGGUCAAAGGUCGCCCGGAACUUCCGGACCUUUAUAAUCAACGUUUUGUUCAGACUCAUUCGAUGCUGUCGCGUGCUCAUUACCAUUAUUACGUCCAUGGGUAGCUCUCAUUGAACAAACGUUGCCACCACAUUGUGUUAAAUGCGGUGGCAGGUGACCUGUGAUAGGCAAUAUGAAGAUUCUUUGAUGUACAGAGUCACUAAUUCAUUUAUACGUGUAUAUCAAGAGAAAUGCGCCCUCUACGCUCGUUGAUUACAGCUAUUUAGAUUUAAAGAAGAAUGAAACCUUUG